AUGGAGGUCAAGAUCCGCGAGUGCAUCCAGGAGUACUUGAUCAGCGACGGCGGUCUCAACAAGGGGCGCUUGCCGGACCGGACCUCCGAGACCAUGUACAAGCGGGCGGUGAGCAUGAUCAUCGGCAAUUUGGACGGGCUCGGGGACCUUAGGACGGCCACGAAGUGGCUACAGGACAAGCUCUCGUACCUCAACGGCCCAUCCCCCACGAAGACGUACUCCAAAUGGCAGUUUUCGGGCAUUUUGUUUGCAGAGUUCUGCUCUGAGACUCUUCGGGACAGUGCAGUUGACAUCUUACGCACGGCAGCCCCCACCAAUGGCAAGAAGAAGGUGUGGGCCACGCAGGACCGACCUCCGGCGGAACGGGCUGCUCGCAACUUCUGCCUGGGCUUGAAGCGGGUGUUGAAGGAGCACUGGGAGGUUCGGUACACGAUCUCAGUCAGCGAGUGUGACCCGUACGUCGUGACGGUAGGGUGCGAGCACGCGUUGACUGCGAAGGUUGACGACAAGACGGUGCAUUACGACUGGCAGGGGGAGUGGAAGACGUGGACCGACCGGCACGACCACCCGCAGAUCAGAGAGGUUCACGCGAAAUCUUCGGAGCUGCUCGAGAAGGCCUCGAAGGGCAUGAAGGGCACCAACUACAAGGGCAAGGGCAAGGGCAAGAGGGGCACCAGCCAGGCGGACAGCCUAGCGCGGCCGGCGCUCGUGGUGGACCAGGUGGCUCGUACUAGGGGUCACGACGGUACAUCGGUUCGCAGAUCAACAGCG